CGAAUCUCGAUCUCUCUCACUCACGACGCACUGAACCAUUGAAUCCUCGGGAGGAUGUUCUUCUUCUUCUUCGUCGGGGGCGUCGAACAGCAGGCGGGGCGGGGCGUCCGCUGCGGCUCCGCCGCCGAUCUCGUCGAGACUGAGAGUGUCCUCAAGCUCUUCUUCGUUGGCCCAGGAAGGGCGACUGCUCCUUCCUUUCGCCCAACUCUCUUCCCCUCGACAACGACGACCGAGGCGCUGGCGGGCGCGGGCUCUUCGAGUCGAACCGGUGCGGAUCCUGCAAUUGUGAAGUCGGCGAAAGAUUUGAUUUGGGGAUGACGCAACUCCAGAUUGAUCAAGUAGUUGACCAGUCAAUAGGAAUCAACAGAGGCAACAAAAGGAACAGAGAUUGCUAGCAUCCUCUCUUCGAUAUAAAGGAAGCAGGAACUCCUCUUUGUGCACAUCAACCAUGGGCAGGUCUCCUUGCUGCGAGAAGGCACACACCAACCGAGGAGCAUGGACGAAGGAGGAGGACCAGCUAUUGAUUUCCUACAUCAGAGCUUAUGGCGAAGGCUGCUGGAGAUCUCUUCCUAAAGCAGCAGGGCUUCAGAGGUGUGGCAAGAGUUGCCGGCUCCGGUGGAUCAACUACCUUCGGCCAGACCUCAAGCGUGGCAACUUCACUGAGGAAGAGGAUGAGCUCAUCAUCAAGCUCCACAGCAUCAUCGGCAACAAAUGGUCAGUCAUCGCUGGGCAAUUCUCUGGGAGGACCGACAACGAGAUCAAGAACUACUGGAACACACGCAUAAAGCGCAAGCUCAUCGCCCGAGGGCUCAACCCCAAGACUCACCUGCCGCUUGACGGCAGCUCAGAUCACUCUGCACUCUCUUGUGACCGGCAAAUCAUGCCACUGGCAAUUGCACCACAGUCUGACAAUCGACUACAAAUAAUUUGCUUCUGUUACCAUCUUGGUUUCCGUGGGAGCGAGGCUUGUAGCUGCGGCACAAGUUAUGACCAAUAUCUGCCAUUGGAAGAAAGGCAGCAAGCUUAGCUACAUGACCUGUUAAUUUUUUUUUGUUUGAUUAAAAACUGUAUGAUUGGCUAAGAGGUGAUAAGGAUUAGUUAUCUUAUCAAGCUAGAAAAAUCUGAUUCUUUAGUUAAAUCAAUCGUAAUUUGUAAUUGUACCAAUCAUGCUGCAUUGAAAUGUUUUGGCAAGUUUGGUAGCUGUUGGUGUUUAUAGCAGUGUUUGUUUA